GACGCCGCUUAGCCGGAGAGCGCGGCGAUGGGAGUGCAGUGGAAGUCGAUGUGGAAUGCGGAACGAAAUAAACUCGUGAAAAAUGCAUCGGAAGCGGUGUUUUAUUUAUUAAAGGCAGUUGGACGCAGGGUUGUAAUCGGUUGCAACAAUUGUAACGAUCCGAUUGUCAUUGUCAAGUUACUGUCGCAGCGAACUCACUGCGGGCUAAUGGCAGAUCAUGCUGUUAGCCCAGGUGAAUCGGGACACCCAGGGCAUGGAGUUUCAGAGUGUGGACGGGGACCCGCAGCAGGUCACCCUGUGCCUGACAGAGGCAGUAACAGUUGCAGAUGACAAUAUUGAUGGAAUGGACACCGUGAGCCUGCAGGCAGUGACUCUGGUGGAUGGAUCCACAGCAUACAUUCAACAUAGCCCCAAAGUUUCUCUCACAGAAAACAAAAUAAUGGAAGGACAAGUGAUUCAGCUGGAGGAUGGAUCUGCUGCUUAUGUCCAACACCUCCCAAUGUCUAAAGCAGGUGGAGAAGGUUUGAGACUAGAAGAUGGGCAAGCGGUGCAACUGGAGGAUGGAACAACUGCUUACAUUCAUGCACCCAAAGAAACAUAUGAUCAGGGCAGUUUGCAGGCUGUUCAGUUGGAGGAUGGGACCACUGCAUAUAUUCAGCAUAUGCCUCAGUCCAACACCAUCUUGGCCAUCCAGGCUGAUGGUACUGUAGCAGACUUACAAACAGAGGGCACGAUUGAUGCCGAGACAAUCAGUGUACUGGAGCAAUACUCUACUAAGAUGGAAGCCACAGAGUGUGGUACAGGAUUAAUUGGUCGAGGGGACUCUGAUGGUGUCCAUAUGCAGAUUGUACUGCAGGGUCAAGACUGUCGUUCACCUAGAAUCCAGCAUGUUGGAGAAAAGGCUUUCCGAUGUGAGCAUGAAGGAUGUGGAAAACUUUAUACUACAGCUCACCAUCUGAAGGUUCAUGAAAGAUCACAUACUGGAGAUAAGCCCUACAUUUGUGAUCAUUUGGGUUGUGGCAAAAAGUUUGCAACAGGAUAUGGUCUCAAGAGUCAUGUCCGAACACACACUGGAGAGAAACCCUAUCGCUGUCAAGAGCUCAACUGCCUCAAGUCUUUCAAAACUUCUGGAGAUUUACAAAAACACACAAGAACACAUACAGGUGAAAAACCCUUUAAAUGUCCAUUUGAAGGCUGUGGAAGAUCUUUCACCACGUCCAACAUUCGUAAAGUCCACAUCCGAACUCACACAGGCGAAAGGCCGUAUUACUGUGCCGAACCCAACUGCGGAAGGGCCUUUGCAAGUGCCACCAAUUACAAAAACCACAUGAGGAUCCACACAGGUGAGAAGCCAUAUGUCUGCACUGUUCCUGGAUGUGACAAACGUUUCACAGAGUACUCCAGUCUGUACAAGCACCAUGUGGUUCAUACGCCCUGCAAACCCUACAACUGUAAUCACUGUGGAAAGACGUAUAAACAGAUUUCAACCUUAGCCAUGCAUAAACGCACGGCACACAAUGACACCGAGCCUAUAGAAGAGGAACAAGAAGGUUAUUUUGAGCCUCCUGCAGAGGCCAUUGAUGACCCUGGGUUAAUGUAUACUCCAACUGUGGUGGAUGAUGACUCUGGAUCUGAGCAAGUGUCAGGAUCUGAGAUCAUGGGACAACAUCAUGUGGCUCUCAUAUCCCAGGAUGGCACACAACAGGUUCUGUCUCAAGCAGAUAUGCAGGCUAUGGGAGGCACAAUUACAAUGGUAACACAGGAGGGAACCACCAUAACAAUCCCAGCCCAUGAAGCAAUGCUUUCCUCAGGUGGAGCACAUUCAGUUACUAUGGUGUCUGCAGACGGCACUGAGGGACAGGUGGCCAUCGUAACGCCAGAUCUGGCAGCUUACCAGACAGAAGAGGGGGAGCUGAUCCAGGAUCAGGAACAGCAUGAAGUUUCCACAAGCCCACACCCGGUCACACUGCUGGCUACCUCUAAUGGCACACACAUUGCUGUGCAGCUAAGUGAUCAUCCGUCCCUAGAAGAAGCCAUCAGAAUAGCAUCAAGAAUACAACAAGGAGAAACUCCCGGCAUGGACGAUUAACUCGUGUUGUAUAAAUUCAUCAAUGAACUAAAGGUCUCAAGGAUUUGUGUGUGUGAGUGUGUGUAAGUCUGAGUAUUGUAAAAAUAUUUUUUUUCUAAUGCUGGCAUCAUGAUCGCUAUAUAUCAAAUAUAUUUUUGUGUGGAUAUGUACAUAGCUGUUUUAAAAGUAGAGUUUUCUGUAUAUAUUUGAUUAUGCUAUUUUUUGCAAGCUGUUAAAAAGGUCUAUGAUGAUAAUAAUAAAA